AUGGUUUCCGUUGAUCAAACCUCAUUCCCAAAGCCGCUGAAGCAGUCAGGUGCUCUUGAAAAUUUCACCCACGAAGAUACAACGCCUGUCAUCGGUCGUGAAUUUCCAGAUGUCAACAUCGUCGAUGAUCUACUUGAUGCUUCGAACGCCGAUGAAUUGAUUCGUGACCUGGCGAUUACCAUCUCUGAGCGUGGUGUGGUCUUCUUUCGCAAGCAAGACAACCUUACCAAUGCUUUGCAAAAGCAGUUGAAUCACAGACUUGGUCAACUGACUGGCAAACCAUCGGACUCGACGCUACAUAUUCAUCCCGUACUCAACAACAGUAGCGAGUUUGGCGUCGAUGAUGCCGAGAUCAGCACAAUCAGUUCUUUGCAAAGAAAAUCUCUAUUCAAGGAGAGUGAUGCACGUAACAAGCGUCGCUACGAUGCAGCACAGUGGCACUCUGAUAUUCAAUUCGAGCCAGCUCCAGCUGAUUAUACAUCUCUGCGUCUGACACAGCUUCCUAAGUCUGGUGGCGACACAGUCUGGGCAUCUGGUUACGAGAUCUACGACCGCUUCUCUCCAGCUUACCAGAAGUUUUUCGAAGGCUUAACUGCCACAUUCUCUGGCGACGGCUUCCUCAAGGCCGCCGCCGCCAACCCAGAUAAGGUGAAGAUCUACGAGAAAGAGCGAGGUAGCCCAUUGAAUGUGGGCAAGGAGCUUACAGCUGUCCACCCCGUCGUUCGUACAAACCCAGUCACUGGCUGGAAGAGUAUCUUCGCUCUUGGUCCUUUCCCGAAGUUCAUCAACGAGCUGAAUGCAGAUGAGUCGGAAGAUCUGCUCAAGAAGUUCCGGGCUACUAUCACGGAGAACCAUGACCUGCAAGUCCGCUUCAAGUGGAGGAAUGAGAACGAUAUUGCAAUCUGGGACAACCGUUCAGCUUUCCACAGUGCCACCUUUGACUACGAAGGUUUGGGUGAGCGAUUCGGUAAUCGUGCUGUCGGUAUUGGCGAGGUACCUUAUUUGGACCCCAACAGCCAGUCCAGAACAGAAGCUCUUGCCAAGAACCAGCAGAGCGUGGAAGCAACCUCUGAAGGAAAGGUCGAGAAGUCAGAGACCCUUUCUGCCUAGACUGAUUGCACUUGGAUAUUGUGUCUUACAGAAAUCUCUCAUGUCUAAGUUAUGGCUCACGUGUUUUACCGCUCUGUCGAGUCUCCUGACUUUCCUUUCUGUCAUACUCUAUCAACUGCUUGGAAGUGAAGCCUCUUUCAAGUCAGCAACAGAAUCUACCACAAGCUGUGUUUCGCCACACGUGCAAG